UACUAUGUAUAAAGACAAGUGUGUAUUCAAUUCCUUGUUGAAAUCGGCUACUUUAUCUGCAACCACAUAACCACGCGCAUUUUAUGGUUAAUAAGCAAGGUAAACAAUCACAUAAUUUUCGUAAUCGACCGAUAAUAUUUUGCGCAAGCAGCAAGGUUGACCGAAGCGUCCAAGGACAAUUAAAUAGCGACAAGGUCGUGCAAAUAGAACGCAAGAUCAUGAGCGCUAUUUUGAAUAAAUGGCGCGAAUCGGCCAGUCUGAUUGUGGCAGCCAAAACCGCCGCCGGGAAUCCCCGAGGCUGCAACUAUAAGAUUAUAUGUUUGAAACGGAGCUCCAAAAGUGGUUUCAUGCCGAACAAUUACGUGUUCCCCGGCGGGAAUCUGUCCAAAAGUGACUCGGACCCCAAAUGGAUGGAGCUGUUUCAAAAAGCUGGCUACGGCCAAAAUGAACUGAUUAAUUUGAAGCCAACGGACAACGUCCCUUUAAUUUUUAACAACCACGUCUCCAGUGGCUUACCUAAGUAUAUCUCGUUAAGGAUUUGCGCUAUCAGGGAGGCGUUUGAGGAGUGUGGAAUACUAAUUUGUAAAGGAAGCGGUGACGAAGACGACCCGGGAAUACUCAAAUGGCAGCACAAGGUCCACGACGACCCCAACCAAUUCAUAAACCUGUGCUCCAACUUCAAAGUCGUUCCAGAUGUUUGGUCGUUGAAGCUGUGGGCAAACUGGAUCACUCCUCCGAGUAUGCCCGCCUUGUUCAACGCCGUGUUCUUCAUCACUUCUUACGACAACAUACCCCAGACUCAAGCUGAAGAAACUGAAGUCCAAGAUAUUAAAUGGUGCGAUCCUGAGGAAUAUUUGCUGAUGAACCGGGAGGAGAAAGUUAUAUUCCCUCCGCCCCAGUUUUAUGAACUUUGCAGAUUAAACAACUUCGCAACUUUUGAGGAGUUAACUAAGUAUAUUAAUGUAAGGACUUUGUCAGGCUGUGAAUCGUAUUUUGUACAUAAAGUUAAGACUCCAGAAGGUGUAUGGUCUAUUUUGCCUGGUGAUGAUUUGUAUCCAGAAAGAAUAGACGAGGAAAACAAAGAAAUGACGAAAAUGGAUAGGUUGCCAGAUGUUGAAAGGCACAACAGAAUGUUACAUAAAUCAGCUUACAGAAACGAAUUGUAUAUAAAAAAUUUUAAGCCCAAAGCUGACCAUUUACCUCCAGUUCCUUUUAGAUGACAUCAGUUUAUUAUCAAUAUUUGUUUUGUCACAUUUAUUUAAUAAAUUAUAUAUUUAUAUUAAUAA